AUGCUCCGUGCUGCGGUUGCGGGAGCGAGCGCGGUUGCCGCGGCGGCGGGACGGGCGGUGAGCCGGUUGCCAUCCACGGCUGUGGCAGGGACGGCGACAGUGGUGACGAGCCAGCGGUUUGCCAGCAGCGGAAAGGCAGCGCAUGCGAGCGAGACUGGUGGCCAAGUUGAGCAAGACAAGGCGGGAGGGGAUGGCGCUGGGAUUCCAGCAGCAGAGUGGUCGGCUAGCUCGCGGAGAGUCGGCUUGGUCGGCGUCAAGCUCGGCAUGCUGCCGUACUGGGACGAGUGGGGCAAGCGGCAUCCGGCGACCGUGGUGCACUUUCCCGACAAUGUGGUGGUCUCGGUGAAGGACGAGCCGGUCAAGGCAAAGAUCAACCCCAAGGCCAUGCCCAAGCCGACGUCGCGGCUGGUGGUGGCGGCGGCCAAGGCCAAGGACAAGCAUGUCAACAAGCCGCAGCGGACCGUGUAUGCAAAGGCUGGCCUCGAGCCGCGCCGCAAGAUGGUCGAGUUUGCCGUCUCGGACGACGCGGUCCUCCCGGUCGGCACCGAGCUCUCUGCCGCGCAUUUGCUGCCCGGCCAGUACGUCGAUGUCCGCGGCGUGACUCGCGGCAAGGGCUUUGCCGGCGUCAUGAAGCGCUACAACUUCAAGGGCCAGUCGGCCUCGCACGGUACCUCGGUUGCCCAUCGGCAUGGUGGCUCGACCGGUGGCUCGCAGGGGCCGGGCAAGGUGUGGAAGAACAAGAAGAUGCCCGGGCGCAUGGGCGGCAAGAACCGGACCUCGCAGUCGCUCAAGGUGCUCAAAGUUGUGCCCGAGGAGAACGUGGUUCUCAUCCGCGGCUCGCUCCCUGGCCCGACCAAGGGCUGGCUCGUUGUCUCGGACGCCAUCCGCAAGACCUUCCCCACCUCCCCGCCCUUCCCCACCGUCGACCCGGCGACCGCCGCCGCUGCCACCGAGGCCGACGCCCCGGUUGGCGGCGCCGAUCCGUUCGACCACCACUGGGACGCUGCCGACCGCGCCGCCGCCACCGUCAACACUGGCCGCAAGCGCGACGCAUAA